UUUUAGCUUCGGUCAUUUUUCGGUAACCACAGUUUUGUUACAGUUUGUUCUUAGUAUUUCUCCAAAAACACACCAAUCGUUUCUCCUUACGCGGCAGACUUGCUACAGGCUUAGCCCCUGAACUGUGGGAAGUAAAUGUCGCGGCGGAGGGGGGAGCUGGGGAAUUCCCAGCUCACCCGCAGGCUCCCUUCCUCCACCCAGCACCCUUCCAGGUUGCCCAAGGCUCUCAUUCUGCGCCCAUCAACGCGAGUAACUCAAACUGGGCAGGAAGAAAGAGACCUGCUUCAACAAAGCCCAACGCGUGCAGCUUUGGUAAGACGCUCAUUCUGUUUCCUAUAAUUUCACCAUCAAUCCUCUGCCCAGACAUGGACAGCCAUGGUGUGAGGUUCAAGGCGAAGUGGAUCAAAAGGUCUUUCUCUCCUAUGACUGUGGUACAGCUGAGAUCAAGUACCUGAGUCCAUUGGGAGAGGAAGUGAAAAGUAUGAACGUCUGGGAAACACAGACUGACACACUCAGAGACACUGGAGACUUGCUCAAGGAGCAAAUGUCUGAUAUUACACCAGAGAGAUACACAGACAAGGGCCCUCUGACCCUCCAGGCCAGGAUGACGUGCUGGCGUGAAGACAACGGACACAUCAAUGGAUCCUGGCAGUUUAGCUUCAAUGGAAAACUGUCCCUCCUCUUUGAUUCGGACAACGGACACUGGACAGUGGUUCAUUCUAAAGGGAGGUGGAUGAAAGAGAAGUGGGAGAGUGACAGAGCUGUGACUGACUUCUUCAAGAAGGUCUCCAUGGGAGACUGUCAGCUCUGGUAUCAAGAUUUCUUGGUGCGCUGGGAGAAAAUGUUGAAGAGCACGGCAUCACUGACCACGGGCCCCCCUGCAGUCCAGCCCACGGCCACAGCCAUCAGUCACACCGCCUGGAUUGCUCCUGUGGCUCUCACCAGUUUCGUCAUAAUGGGCAGCAUAAUAGCCUGUAUCCUUUACAAGAAGAGAUCCAGGAGAUCAGACCCCAAGGAUCCUGAGUCUGUUUUCCGGUUGCUGUGACACAGUAGAUGCAUCAUCUCAUGGCUUUUAUCAGGUUUGAUGAAAUCCUACUCAGCAUCUUAAAAAAAAAAAAAGAAACAAUUUAUUUCACCACUUUCUUUUGGUGAUACGUGAUGGAAUAUCUAUACGGAAAUAAUCAAGUACUUGAAGAAGUCUCCAGAAACAGGACAUUUUUCAUAUUCUUCUCAUUUGUGGAUAAUUAAAUUCUUCCGUGCCUCGUGACCUCAUUCUUGCAAAUGAUAUUGCAAGAAAAAUACCAUCUCUAUUACACAACUCAGGGAUUCUUUCUGUGUCUGGACAAAACCACCUCAGCCUGUUUUCAAUAGAGUGAAGUUUUAUUUAUGACUAUUUCCCUUAAUAACUUAUUAUGCUUAAAGUGAAAGUGUUAGUCGCUCAGUCCUGUCUGACUCUCUGCGACCCAGUGGACUGUAGCCCGCCAGGCUCCUCUGUCCAUGCGAUUCUCCAGGCAAGAACACUGAAGUGGGAUGCUGUUUCCUUUUCCAGGGAACCUCUGCAACUCAGGGGUUGAACCCGCGUCUCCUGUGUCUCCUGCAUUGACAGGCAGAUUCUUUACCAUCUGAGCCACUGGGGAAGCCCAUUUAUUAUGCUACUGCUAUUUAAGUAAAAAUCUCAGUACUCCAGAAAACUUGAAGUAUUUAAGUUUCUCUCUCACGAGAGAAGUCAUGAUAUUUCACCAUUUCUCCACCUUAUAGGAUUAAAUGUACCUAGUGCUUCUGAGAAAACACGGUCUGAGCAGAUGCGUGCGCCCUGUGUUCAUGGCAGCGCUGUUCCCAGCAGCCAGGCCUGGAAGCCACCUAGUGUCCACUGACAGAUGAAUGGAGAGAGAAGAUGUGGACAUAUAUCCAGUGCAAUGUUACUCAGCGUCAAAAAGAAUGAAAUAACGCCAUAUGUAGCAGCAUGGAUGGACCUGGAGAUUGUCAUAUUGAGCAACAUAAGUCAGACAGAGAAGCAGAAACACCUUUUGACAACACUUGUAUGCCGGUGAUACAAGUGCUCUUACUUACGAAAGAGAAAGAGACUCAGAGACUUAGAGAGUGCAUUUAUGGUUGCCAGGGGGAAGGGAUGGGGGGAUUGUUAGGGAGUCUGGGAUCAACAUGUACACACUGAUUUAUUUAAAAUGGAUAACCAG